UUCAUUAAGUCAAUAUCAGUUGUAAAUAUGGAUAUCAUUAGUUUUAUGCUAGAAAGGAUGAUAUUAUUCUACACAAAUAUGUAACAGAAUGGAUUUUACAAUAUGGUUCAUCAUUGUUGUCAUGUUACAGUUGUCUAGAAAUGUUGAAUCAUCAAUGAAAGCUACCGUGUGUAUCGGAAAUAUAUUUUCUCUGUCCUGUGGAAAUGAUCAAUAUAUUCUACACAUCCAGUAUGAACAGUAUUCCUACAGCACUACAGACAAGUGUCAUUACGAUCCUAGUCACUGUAGUCAAGCAGAGAUCAUCAAUCCAGUCAGUGCACAGCAGUGUAAUGGCUACAGUCAUUGUUCCUUUCCGAUACUCUCAGGACUUAUCCUAAAAGUCUGUGGUAGUCACAAUGCUACUUCUUUCACAGUGUUCUAUGACUGUUUUUCAAAGCACCAAAUGAUUGAUAUCUGCAGACCAUAUUAUGCUCAAAAUAAACAAAAACUUUACUUAAAAUCUCCUAACUACCCAGGAGACAAACUUGAUCCCUCCAAUUGUCGCUGUAAUAUAACAGGACGGAAUAUAACGGCUAAGAUCUAUGAUCAUCAGAAAUCCAAUGACAGUCCAGUAGUGUUUAUGUUUGUGACUAAUAAAGCUACAAUUAAUGUCAAUGAUGUUAACAUCAGAAGUGAGAUUAUCUUCAGUGAUAUGGACUCUGUAGAAUUGUUACUGGACAAUCAGUAUAAACAGGAAGUGUUCAAACUAUGGAUGGAAAUCACAGGAAGCAGCAUGAAUAUCCUGUGUAUGAGCUAUCCUAUAGUGAUGCCAUCAACACCACAGAGUUAUAAAACAGUCCUGUAUACUAGUUUUAUAUCUGACCAAGUACCAUCUAUACAGACAUAUACUGAACCAAUCAAAACAUCACAAAUGCUAUUCAUCUCAACAAGUUUUCACCAAUCAGAGAAUUUCAGUUUUCAAACCAUAACUGAUCAUUCAGUGUUUUUAUCUACUGAUUCAUCCUGGCACAAUACAACAGAGUCACUACAAAUACUAGUGACAAAUUCAACAGUGUUUGACAAUCAAACACACCUAACUUCCAUUUUUUUAUCCAAUCAAACAGACUCUACAAUAUCUGGCAGCAUUACAACCAGUUCUUCAUACUUACUGAUUCACCCUUCCGUCAUCAUAGAUGUUGGUAGGAACGGCCAUCAAGCAGAUGUAGAUACAGACGUGAGAGUUAUUAUUGUAGCAGUUAUUGCCUUUACAAUAAUCAUCAUUAUUUUUGUAUCCAUAGGAAUAUUUGUACAUAGGAAGAACCACAAACAAGAUGGUGGAUUUAAUGUGUCUGAACAAGAACAUGACAGGGAUGUGUAUCAUGCUUAUAAUUUCAGUUUACAAAAUAAAAAUGAGAAAGAUAACUCAAAAAUAUAAAAUAAAACUUGAUUUAUAUCUCUCCGUAAAAAUUUCUCUCUUUUUAACAUCAGGAUCUUUUUCUUGAGGAAUUUCUUUUAACUUUAUUUGCUACUAUCAUUUCUAUGUAAAAUUGGUAUCUAAGGAAAAUUAUGAUUCCACAUAAUACAGUAAUAAUACCCAAUGAAUUUCCUGCAAAAGCUAGUCAAAAUUUAAUUCUCACAAAUGUACAAUCGGUAAAAGAAAAAGAAAAGGCAUUUUUUCCCCCAACAUAUUUUCUAUGUAGUAAUAAUGUUUGCAUUUUUAUUUGUCAAAGGAUAAAAAGCCUGAUUUUAAAAGAGUAACCACAUUAUAUCUCUCACUGAGACAUUUCUAAAGUCUUACACAAUCAGUACAUGUUAAUUAUAUAACCCUAACAUAAGAUUCAAUGGGAAAUGUUGAAAUGAAAAUAGAACAGUUUUUCAGAACAAACUAUGAGAGAUGGAAACAAUCAAUACACUGAAAAAUAAAAAUUAUCACUAAAGACAACACAGCUAACUAAAUCAAAUUCUUCAACAAUUCAACUUACAAAAACUUUGGAUAUCUGAGACAACAGGUUAGAAGUUUCUGCUCAAAUAGUGGCACCUGUUGUACAUGUAUAGCUCACGACAAAUAAGAGGCAUUUAAAGUCAAUGUUACUGAGGAAACGAUUGCAGAGGUCUAGCAACAACAAAAGGAACAUAAUCCACGGUAAUCUGUGUCAUAGAAUUUUCCUAAAUAAUCAGUAAAGUCAUUUUGUUUUUUUUUAAACUUAUGAAGAGAUGACUUUAACGGUUACUAUAGUAGCAAGCAGCGACCCUUUAUUGUAAAUCCUGAUUGGAAGCAUUCUUUAAUUAUCAAAAGUUGACCAGUAGUUUUGAAAGUAAUUCUUAAAUUGACCAACUAUCUUGAGGGGCAGAUCAAGAGAUUAUAUUCACCAGUAGAAUGAGUAAAUAUUUAUCAAAUUAAUAUUAAAAAAAGAUAAUUUUUUGAAUUUUCAAAAAGUUCUAUCUUUUCCUGUUUGUUUGCGAGUAAUUUUAAGGAUGUUUGCUCCUCUCGUUUUUGAAUUUUUGCCAGAUAUUCAGAACCCUCUGGUUUUAUCCAUGAAAUGCCAUAACAAAUUUUGCCCCCUAACCCCUGCCUUUCUUUUCAUAAUUUUAUUACAUUUAGUUUAAAAAGCCAUAUUUGAAAAUCCUAUAAAAUCCUUGUUAUUUUUUCAUAGUUUUUGAAAGAAAAAAGGUGCCAAUGUUAAAUGUAUGAAAAAUCUUGAUAGAAUCAUUUCCCGCCAAAUUUUCAAUGGCUUAUAUUUCAAAAUCAAGCGCACAGACCCUUCAUUUUUUUCUGCUUUUUUAGUUCUUUUAUUUAUAUUCUAUCAACUUAUAACAGUCUUUUAAAAAGCUUGUUUAUUUUGAAACAGAGUAGCAAACAUCCUUAACAUAAUAAUUUGUAUUUCUUAAAAGUAUCCCCCAUGAAUAAAACUUGGGACCAACACCAAAACUUUAUUAACAUUUAUCAACAUUACCAACAAUUCUUCAGAAUUUCACCUGUAUGUAAGGCUUAAAUCCCCCAAAUUUGAUGUACUUUUUCUUUUUUUUUCAAAUCAUUUGGCACCAAUGUAUAAUUCAAACCAGAGAGAACUGUAACAUCAGUAUAAUGGAUAGAUAUUUUUGAUGCUGUUAAUUAAAACCAAUUGUAUUAUUGUGUAUUGAUAAAUAACAGAUUGAGAAGAAGGGAAAAAAAGGUAAUGUUAUAGUAUGCAUGUGAUUUAUAUACUAUAAUAUAAGUAGGCAUUGAUUUUGUAAGUUGUUUCAUGUAGCAAAUAAUGGGUAAUGUAUUCCCUGAAAUUAACGUUCAGACUUUCUUGAUGGUUUGGUUUUGAUUUUUUGCAGUUUCUUUUCUUUUAGGAGAAUUCAGUAUUGAUGGCAAAAUUUGAAGUAUCUGUUAAAUUUAUUCAUAUAACUUUACUAGACUCCAGAUGCUGUAUAGACAUAAACCCAUUAUUGAAGACUGUAUGAUAAUCUCUGUAUAUAUUUUGGUAAUGUGUGUUGUUGGGAUGCUGUAUAGACAAAAACCUAUCAUUGAAGACUGUAUGAUAAUCUCUAUAUAAGUUUUGGUAAUGUGUGUUGUUGGGAUGCUGUAUAGACAUAAACCCAUUAUUGAAGACUGUAUGCUAAUCUCUAUAUAUAUUUUGGUAAUGUGUGUUGUUGGGAUGCUGUAUAGACAUAAACCUAUUAUUGAAGACUGUAUGAUAAUCUCUAUGUAUAUUUUGGUAAUGUGUGUUGUUGGGGUGCUGUCUCAUUGAUGGAUACCCCUGAAUCCAAAACACUAGCUACAUGUUGUACUAAUUGUCAGGCUUUGUAUACAUUAUACAUGGAAAAUCAAAUUUUGUGUGAUAGAAAGAAGACUUAUAGAAGUUUAAGAUAAAAUAUGAGGAGAUCUCUUACAAUGUGCUUUCAGAAUAUAAAAAGAAAAAAUUGAGGUAACAGGAUGUGUUUUCUUGCUACAUAACAAAAUAGGUAAAUUCACUACAAAUCCUUUAUAAAAGUUACAUUAUCUGAGUUAUCUCCCCUUAUAUGAGGAAGUUUGAAAUAAAAGUGAAUCAAUCAAAAAUAUUCUGCAUUUGUAAAAAAUCAGUAAAAAUAAGAUAAAACACAUUACUUUUUACUUUAGAUGAAAGUUUUUACAUUGAAAUAAACAUUCAUCUCUUAAAAUUUGCACAUCUCUGAAAGACCCAUCUAGACAGAUUGUUUUGUGCUAUUUUACAAUCCAAGAUGGCAGAAGACACUCAAUCUACCUUAGGUCAUUUUUUUUAGCUUCUUUGUGCCUUUUUCUCAAGAAAUUUUUGUUUAUUUUUCUGAUAAAAAAUAGAAGGAUAAUUAAGAACUAAAAACAAAUAAUUGUUAAUAGAAACAACAUAAAGUGCUAUUUUCCAAUAGAUCAAGGUCCCUAACUCCUGAAUAGUAAAAGUAAAAAUUGUCAAUUGAAAUAGACCUCCAUUUUUGUCAUCAGUAACAACAUAUUAAAAUGUGAAAAACAUUGGUUGAAUGGUUCAUAACUUAAUAAUUAUUGCAUGGAAUCUAUUGGCAGCCGCCUGCCACUCAGACCAGACCUGCAUGCAGGCAGUACUUCCCCAUUUCAAUUCCUGGAUUUUUCAUUUGAAAACCUGGUGAAAGAAAAAAGUAUUGCACUUAUAUGAUAUUUAUUGAUGUAACAAGGUAUGAUUUCACUAGAUUUAACACUGACUGUCAUCAGACAUUCUUAAAACAACUAAUAAAUGAUUCAAAAUAAAUAUUCUGUUAGAUUACUAUCAGUAGCUGUUCCAGGAGUUUUUCAUCAGUGAAAGUUUGUGUGAUAAUCUUAUAAAAAUCAAGAUUUAUACCAUAAGUUGAAUUCUUGUCUUUCAACCGGCUUGUUAUAUAUGUCUUAAAACUUAUCUGAUAUAACAAGACAGAUAGAUAAACUUUACCAAAGGGUGGUAACUCUUCUUUUUUUUUUAUCUAGAAUCUAAAGUGUUGAAGGAUAGAAAAAAGAGAAUGAACAAUAAAAAAUAUGAAAAACCACAUACAAAAUCUGAAAAUGAUAUACAUGUAUUUAAAUACCGGUGUAAAACAUUUUUAUCAUAAAUAAAUAUGACUUAUCAUUCAAAAUAAGUUUUUUUUCUUUCGAUUUGCAUCAAUUCCAAAAGAACACUUAUUGAUUUUAAGAGCAUCAAGUUUAAAGUUUUUUUUAAUACUAAAAUAACUUAAUAAUAUUGGAAAACCCAAUUCUAAGAUCUAAAUCUGAAUAUUUAUAGCACAAGAUAAAAUAUAUAGUAAAAACAUAAUGGUGAUAUUAAAUGAAUUUAUUUUUCAAUAACUUGGAUUAUUCUUGUCAUUAUUUUGGUUCUGAUCCAGGAUUGUUAUCACAACAUGUUGUGUUUUUACUAUUUUACUACAAUACUAUAUCACAUCUAACAUAAGUACAAAUCUAUGGAAAGCUGCCAACUGCAUUAUGUAAACAGUAUAUGAUCAUGCAGUCCUUGAUGAAACAGAGCUGAUGGGGCAAAGAAAAAAGUUGUUAGAGUAUACAUCAAUGAGACAGCUACCCAACACAGAGUACAGAAAAUAAAGCAUUGUAAAGAAAUAUAAAAUUUCUGCUAGUUUAUUUUUAGGAUUUUCAUUUAAAAUCUUUUCAAAGAUUCUGGGACAAACAGUUAAAUGGGGAUUACCUAAAACUUUCCUGGAAACACAUUUUAUGCUGACAAUUCUUCACAACUAAAAAAAAUUGAAGAUCACUUGAACCCAGUAUGCACUGACUUUUUGCUUCCUUUCACAUUUAUUGCUUGUAAAGAAUUGAAGAUUGCUUGAACCUUUUCAGAUCUAUAAAAUGGGAGUAACUUGAAGUAAAACAAAGCCUCUAAACUAAAAUACAAAAAGAAAACUACUUAACAUAAACAAAAACAUCUGUCCUUGACAUCAGAUGAUAAAUUUAUCUUAUCUAUUUCUACAGAUACAAGUGCUAAUUAUAGCUAUAAAUAUUGACAUGUUUCGUAUUUUUUAUUUUGACAUGCAGAUAGUUCUUGAAGAAAAUAUACUUCAAAAGCUAGAUACCCUAUUAAAUUUCUCUUUAGAGAUGUGUAACACUACAAAAUUUGUCUUUUCAAAUCUUCAUAAAACAAUUAUUAUUAUCAUCAUUCAAAAUCAGCAGUUUUACUUAUGUAAAAACAAUGCUACAUCAACUAAGAAACAUUAUCAUUAUUACAUUUUGUAAUCAUUAAUUAGCAACAUUUCUUUCCUCAUUCAAGAUGAUAACUCAUAAUUCUUUACCAAAAGGAUGUAUAUUUUUUUCACUUGUGUUGACAAGGUGCAAUCAUACUUUAUAAAAAGAAUACAAAUUAGAAAAAUUUUUAUUAAUAGAUUUUGAUCGAUACAUGAUAUCAAAUUUUAUAAAAAUAAGAAUAAGUAAUAGUUAUCUAAAUAUUGAACAGGGUAGACACCGUAAAUUACCUUUGGAAAAAAGAUUAUGUCCUCUCUGUAAAAAGGAGGUAGAAGAUGAAUAUCAUUUUGCUUUAAAAUGUCAAAUUUUAGAAGAAUGUAGGCAAAAACUUUUUCAGGAAGUAGAGAGUAUAGUUCCAGAUUUCACCAAAAUGUCUGAUGAGGAAAAAUUUGCAUUUAUGUUUACAUUUAAUGAGUAUGAUGUAACUAAAAUUAUUGUCAAGGGAGUUAAUGAUUUAUAUGUUUUAAGAAAUAGCCUAGCUGAUAAGAAGAACUAAUCGAUGUAACAAAGUUGUGACUAUUCUAUAUUUUUCUUAUUGUAUUUGUUAUGAUAUAUUUUAUAACAAUUGCAUUAUAAUUUUUGUACUUGCACUUUCAAAUUUGCAAAAGUAUCACCUUUUCCAAACAUCUAAAUAUAGUCUUAGAGAAUAUGAAUGUUGUUUAAACUUAAAUAUUGUAUGUUUGUAAUGAUUGUCAUGUUUGUCUUGGUAACAAUCCAAUAUUUGGAUUUUACACCAAUAAAAUGAUUUGAUUUGA